CACCAGAAUCUGGUGUUGAGCAGCAGUUCUGAGUAUUCAGAAGGGACAAUAAUGUAUUUGUGAAACUCACAGACAAUUCAGCAACAUAUCAGUAACGUCUAUUACCUGGUGUAAAUGUCCAAGAUGAGAUUCGUCAUAGGAAACCUAACUGAUGAAUACAUGUAUGAAAAUUUUACAGAGGACAUGGUAUAUGAAGAAACAUACUGCCCUGAAGAAGAUGAAACCCCCAAGUAUUUCCGGAAAAUUCUUGUCCCAUUGCUAUAUUUCAUAGUUUUCUUGUUCGGGACCAUUGGCAAUGGCUUGGUGUUGCUGAUCCUGCUACGUUACAGGCACUUCCGGACUCCGACUGACAACUACUUGCUGCACCUAGCAAUGGCUGAUCUUCUCCUUGUCCUGGGCCUUCCUUUCAUUGCUCUGGAAAAUAUUUUGGGGUGGCGCUUCAAAACUUUCCUUUGUAAAGUGAUAGGUUCCCUUCACAAGCUCAACUUCUUCUGCAACAGUCUGCUUUUAGGGUGCAUCAGCUUUGACCGGUACCUGGCAAUUGUCUAUGCGGUCCAAACCUACAAAAAACGCAAAGCCCGGUAUGUGCACCUGGUCUGCUCAGCUGUCUGGGCCAUAGGAUUCAUCCUUCAAAUUCCAACUCUUGUCUUCUUAAAAGUUGAGACAAAGUUGCCAGAGAACAUUUCCAAAUGCACUUACCCAUCAGAUGACAUCAGGGCGAACGACUGGCUCUUGGCCGAGCAAAUCCUGUACCAUGGUAUUGGCUUUUCCUUGCCACUUGCUGUCAUGUGUUACUGUUACACCAAAGUGAUUCAAACUCUGUGCAAGACCCAGAACUUUAAGAGGCAUAAGGCCGUCAAGAUGGUGCUGACAGUCACUGUCAUGUUUUUCAUCUGCUGGUCUCCUUACAAUGUGGCCAUUAUCAUCAAGACACUGCGAUCACUGGAUGUGUUCAUUGCUGACUGUGAGUUCUACAGAAAACUGGCUUUUGCCAUUGUUCUGUCAGAGAGUGUUGGCUUCAGUCACAGCUGUCUCAACCCAAUCCUCUAUGUGUUUAUUGGUGUCAAAUUCAGAAAUGACAUUUUGAAACUUCUGAGAGAGAUUGGCUGUAUUAGUCAAGCCACCAUGGACAGUCACUUCCAUCUGAAACGUGCUGGGAAGAAUGGGAAUCCAUCUGUCUCUGACAAUACCACCUCCUGGUCUAAUGUUUAAACAUGGUAGUUGUUCCAGUCAGAGAUUGACAGGAACU